AUGGGAGGUGGGAGUAGGUUUGUGAGUGAAGGAAGGGCACGACUGGCCUGGCGCCUGCUGCCGGAGUCCUGCGGAGAAAGACGACGCCGAGAGAGCGGGCGGACCAAGGAGGGCGGCAGACAGACGCCCGCCGAGGGACUGCCUACUUUGGCGGAGAGUACUCGACGGCCUGACGGCUGCGGUACUUGUGGACAAGGCCACGCGACACACGUACACUGCCAACCGAAUAACAUCCUGGCUUGA